UUCUUAGUCUUAGUCUCCGAGUGACACUUAGUUUCCUUCCUUGCUCAAUCUAUAACUCCUUCCUAUUUACAUUUAUCGUUUGAUGACGGCUUUUGAAACGCUUGAGUAACAUAGUAGGUGCGUAUGUAGUUGUCAUAUAUGAGGAAGGAGAGAUAGAGUGGAUUACGGCAUUUGACUAGCUGUGGAGGAACCAACGAUGCGAUAGCCUUCAAACUUAGUGGGGUUGACAGCAGAAUCAACCGUGGGGUCCGCUAUAUCAUCCACUGUAAUUCUCGGUAACUUUACCUUGUUAGUCGCGUGCACGGGUCAAUAGCACAAAGACCCCUGAUUCCUACCAACACUCCAAACAAUUCCCAUAAAAAGAGACUUUGUCUUAAGGACCAACACUAUGUCGUCGUCAACCAGCUUAAGCCGCACACGCUCGCUUCAAAAACCUACUGCCGGGAGCAAUGGAUCAUCACGGGGAAAUGUACCCUCGGCGCGUAACGAGGCUAGGAACACGUCGCCUAGCAGACUACCGGUGAAACCUACUAUGACGACUCGAUCCAUGGUGUCGAAUACCACAACCUCCUCUACUACCACCGCGCGAAGAAUAGCAAGUUCUACUAUUACGGGGAGACCUCCUUCGGGGACUUAUAGCAAGGUUCCGUCCGCACGCCCAGAUAAUGCUGGGAAUACUGCAGCCAAAGCUCCCAGGCCUCUAGGCAGAGCAUCGUCUACGCGUCAAGUUUCGUCCUCGUCAACGACAGCAGCAGGAUCAAUCCCCUCAACCCGCUCCGCAAGUACAACUGUCAACCGACCGAGAUCAUCCGGCGGUCCACCUCCAACAGCUUCUAACCGACCUAUCGGACACUCGCGAUCGAAAUCCACAGUCACGAGCCUCACGGCCGCAACAACCCUCCGCCCUGCUACUCAAUCCCGGAUAUCCCAAACAUCAUCUACAUCUUCGGGCCGCACGAGCCCCGCCGCAAGCGCAAUCACAACAGCAAGCUCGAAAGCCCCGACACGGCAGACGCGCUCUCAGACACAUACGCGCAAGAAAUCGCAAUCCCAACCCUCCACAUCUACCUCUACCUCUACCUCGCAGCAACCCACCAGCCGCCCAGCGUUCAACACACACCAGCAGCACUACAGCCCAGCCAAAUCCCUCGCGCCAAAACCCCUAACAUCCACCUUUCUCGCGCCCCCCUCGCCCUCCAAGCUCCCCGCCAACGUUGCCAUCUCCGCCGAGACCAGCCGUCUACAGACGGAACUACUACAGCUCUCACUCCUUCACCGCGACGCCGCCGUUGUAGACUCCGAAUGGCGCGAUAGCGCGCGCCAGAAGCUGGGGGCUCGGUUCGCGCGGUUAAACGCUGACCACGAUGCCCUGAUCAAGCUCGAGAGACACGGUGUCGAAGCCCGAAAUAUCGCGGCGCUUGUGCGGUGGGGCAAAAGCAAUCGAUCGGGGCUCGGGCUGGAAGAGAAAAUCCAAAUCCUAGACGAAGUCCUCAACGGCGUCUGGCAGCUCGGCGAGCCAGACGGGCGCUACCAGCGCGUGGUAGCCAACUUCGAAGUCUGGGCCGAGCGCAUGGCCUCUAUCAUCGCAGCCCAGCGCUCCGGAGACGUCGAAGGUCUAAUCGCCGGCGACGAAGUACAGUUCCUAGGCGACUUAGACCGGACCUGGGCGCGCGACUGCGAAAGCCUACUGCGUAAGCUCGAAGGGUGGCGUGCCGCUCUACGGGAUCUCGGCGACGUCGAUGAUGACUCCAUAGCCGACUCCGGGCUAGCGCGGAUGGUGCGCGGCAGCCGCACGCUCGUCGACGAUAUGCUAGCCGAACUGGCGGUCAUGGGGCAGAUCGAGCGGGACGCGGCGAGGGCGGAGAACGAAUGGAUCACGCGGAUGAACAAGGCGAUCGAGGACGAAGACGACGAUACCCCCGCCGCACGGGCGUACGUGCCGCUCUGGAAGUUGGCGGCAUGAGGGUGUUUGUUUGCUUGCUAGCUAGCUUGCUGAGAGUUGUGUGAUUAGAUCGAGAUCGAGACUGUACAAUAUUAGGUUAUACGAUGGUUACGAGUAAUGAUAAUUAUAAGGUUAAAUGAUAAGAUAUAGUGGGUGGCAAGAGGUUGCUUCGCUUAUGCGCUUCAUGUUCUUAGAAAACCCACCUACGGAACUUCUAAAUAGAGGCCUAUUAGCAACCGGUCUAUGUAGGUGGACAUGCAUGCAAGGUGAUGAGAUACGCUAUUACACGAAGAACAUGCAUUCAAAAAAUUUAGUAGGCCAAUUCAUAUGUGAUUAAAGGAC